AAAAUUAAAAGACGGGCGUAGCGGCAGUAGCGGGAACUGAUUUGCGAAAGGCGAAAGAAACCAACCAAACCAAAGAGGCAAGACGCGGUACAGCAAGCAACAGCAAAAAUGGAAUUUGAGUGCUCUACUCUGAGUCUCUGGAGAGAGGCCCUAUCUUCUUACUCGUCUCGCAUCCAAUCACUCAACAAACCCAAUUUGGUUUCUCUCGACGACUUUUACCGCAACGAGCUCCCUUCUCUCCUCCACCAACGAAACCCUAGCCCCUUCAUCACCACCUCCGAGCUCUCUGACCUAAUGCGCUGGAAGCUCACACGUGGCAAAUGGCGGCCGAGGCUGUUGGAUUUCGUAUCGGCUUUGGACGAGGCCGUGGUGAAAUCGGCCUCCCAAAAGGCGUUUCAGGCUCUUCCUGAUAUCUCAAAGGCUAUCUCUGAGCUCACGGUGCUCAAAGGGGUGGGUCCCGCCACCGCCUCUGCCGUUCUGGCAGCUUACGCUCCUGACGUGGCGCCCUUCAUGUCCGACGAGGCUAUGGUUGCAGCUCUUGGCAACUCCAAAGACUAUACACUCAAGCAGUACCUGUUAUUCGCAAAUAAGUUACAGGAGAAAGCAAAGGAACUGACUGCCGAAGGGGAGAGCUUCACACCAUCAGAUGUAGAGAGGGCUUUGUGGAGUGGUGCUGUAGGGGCCAAGCUGCUAUCUUCGGAAUCAGAUCCAGACCUCAAAACUGAUAAAAGUAAAAAUCCCAACAAGAGAAGGCGAAAGCGCUGAUGUAGUGCUCAGCCAUUUAACUGGCUUUGGCAAUGCUUGUCGGUUCCUGUGCGAGCAACAAAUCAGAUAAAAAUCCCCUCCCCAAACUCCCUCAACGGCCAACCCAACAACCCCCAUAAUCUACCAAAAUGACGAUUGUCUCGUCAGACCGGAAGUACCGGCGCAGCCCCAAAACUCCGCUCCUGCCCCAGAAGCACGACGACCAUGACUCCGUCGAGGUCGGUUUCAACGGCGCGUCGUUUUCCGGAGCCGUCUUCAACAUGUCGACUACAAUCGUUGGUGCCGGGAUCAUGGCUCUGCCGGCGGCGGUUAAGCAGUUGGGCCUGAUUCCGGGCCUAAUUAUGAUCGUUUUGGGGGCUAUGUUGACCGAGUCGUCCAUCGACAUGAUCAUGCGGUUCACGCGAGCUUCCAA